AGAAGAAGAAAACGACAAAUUCGUAUGCGUCUACAUCACCCCAUUUUGAUGUCAAAGUAUAACUUAAGGUCAUCCGCAUGAUCUUUAUAUCGCCGUUUAUGCACCUCACGGCGUCCAUCGACAGUCCGCUCUGAAAGUUAUUUGUGGAAGUUGUCUGGCGUGAAAUGUGACUUUGAAUGGAAACUCCCUCUUUUCGGUUUUGAGUUUUGCGAGUUUGAGUCUGCAGACAGAUGAGCUACGCCUCUUAAGACAGAAACUUUUAAUCUGAGUUGGCUCUAAGAUACAUCGAAAAUGCGGGACCGGACCAAAGAAUUGGGCAAUACCGUCCACACGUCAGAUGAAGAUGAAGAAACCACAGCUCUCAUGAUAAAGCCCGGAUCUGGGAGCUCCGCAAAUGAAGAGAAAGAAAAUGAAGCUUUCUUUAAAAAGGUUCAGGAGAUUCGAGAGGGACUUGAAACGAUUAAAAAGAAGGUGUCGGAGUUGGAGAACAAACAGAAAACGGUGUUAGGAGUCGCACUUCCAGAAGAAAGUAUGAAAAAGGAACUGCAGUCCCUCAGAGAAGACAUCAAAGUCAUGGCCAGCCAGAUCCAAAGGAAGUUAAAAAGCAUCGAACCUAAGAAAGCUGAAGGUGAAGACAAAUAUAUUCCAAUAAAUAUUAGAAUGCGGAGAACCCAGCAUGGUGUUUUGUCUCGUGAAUUUCUGGAAGUGAUGGGUCACUAUAACACAAUUCAAGCCCAAUACAGAGACCGAAAUGUGGAGAGGAUACAAAGACAGCUCAAAAUCACUGGUAACAAUGUGACGGAUGAAGAGCUGGAAUCCAUGCUUGAGAGUGGACAAACCGAUGUUUUCACGCAAAAUAUUUUAAAUGAUGCUAAAGCUACCAGACAGGCUCUGAAUGAGAUUGAGUCACGGCAUGAUGAGAUCAUCAAGCUAGAGAAAAGUAUUAAAGAGCUACAUGAUAUGUUUCAGUACCUUGCAAUGGAGGUUGAAGCACAGGGAGAAACGGUGGACCGGAUUGAGGAGAAUAUUAAGAGUUCUCAUAACUAUGUGGAGAAGGCUGUUGCUGAAACAUCUGCUGCUGUAGAAACUUCAAAGAAAGUGCGCAAGAAAAAAAUAGGGAUUGCCAUAUGCCUUGCUUGUGUAAUUCUUAUAAUAGUCAUUACACUGAUUGCCACGUACAGUUGAGGGUUUUCUUUUUAUUAGAUGACUUUUUGCCCAUCAAGCAGUGGGUUUUGUCUUCCUAAACCGUCUUCAUGAAGUCUCUCUAACAAACAACACGGCCGUUUGCAAACAUGACCGUUAUUGGUGUCCCAGCUGUUUUGUUAGCUACAUUCGUUGAAAUUUUAAAUAGUUGAUCUGUUGUUUUAGCUGCUUUUUCGUACAAAGGACAUGCAUUCGAUUUCCUGAAAAAUGUCUCUGCUGCACCACUUGGACGUUUAAAAGUGACAUGACAAAAAUGGUUUGAAUUUACUGGUUGCUUUCCUGACACUUUUUCCAAGACUUUAUUUGCAACGCCAACACUAAAACAUGGUCAUAUAAUGUAGAUGAAGGGAAAAAAAAUGCUAACAAGAUUUCUAAUAUAUAAUGCUUCCAUUCGGAGAGACAAGCUCAAGAACUUGAGAGAUGGGGUAUUUGUCUUUGCCCUAAUGUUUAUAAGAUGUCUUUUGUGUUAUUUGUUGUGAUGUAUCUUUUUGUAAUGCCAUUUCAAAGCUUGAAAUUGCUAAAAUAGCAUUUAAGGUCAUCUGUAUAUAACAACUAAUUUUAUACUCGGCUUUGCAUUAUAGUAACUGCCUUUCAAAUACUACUUCUCUUGAACUCACGAUGACAUGUUGCAUAUGUAUAUAUAUUUUAACUAAUUUGUGCUCUGUCCCAAGUAAAGACAUGCACUUUUAAGAACUGAUUAUGUACAGUUACUUGUUUAGUGCCUCAACCUUGUUGCCUUUUCUUGAGCAGUAAUAUAUGGAGUGCCCACUGUGUGGCAUUAUAAAUGUCAAGAUCACCAAGAAUACAAUUGAUUUGGUUUCAGUUUGCAGCCUUUAGACAUGCUGCCGCACAUUUUUUUUUCUUCAUUAUGAUAAAUUGUCAUUUUUAAAUAAAGUACAUAUUAUAUA